GCGGCGGCGGAGGGGAGAACUCCGCCAUGGGCUGCCCGGGGACCCGCCCGCUCUCCGUCCCGAUGCUGCUGCUGCUGCUGCUGCCGCUCCUCCUGGUCAACGGGGAGCAGCGAGCCGAGCUGCUGAGCCCCUUUUUCGGCACCAAAUCCCGCUACGAGGAGCUGCACCCGCACCUCCUCCGGGACCCGCUGUCGCUCGGGCGGCCGCUCUCGGGUUUCCCGCUGCCGCCGGCUUCCUGCACCCCGCUCCAGCUCAGCGCCGUGGUCCGCCACGGCACGCGCUUCCCCACCCGCAAGCAGAUCGAGAAGCUGGCGCGCCUGCACGGCCUCCUCCUCCGACGGGGAGACGGCAGCGGCGGCGGCGGGCGCUGCUCGGUGGCGGAGCGCCUGUCGGGAUGGGAGAUGUGGUACCAGCCGGAGGUGGACGGGAAGCUGGCGCCCAAGGGCUCCCGCGACAUGAGCUCUCUGGCGAAGCGCCUGGCCUCCCGCUUCCCCAGCUUGCUGGCUCCCGGUCGGCGCCUGGCCUUCACCAGCAGCUCCAAGCACCGGUGCGUGGAGAGCAGCGACGCCUUCCGAGAAGGGCUCCGCCAGGCGCUCUACGGGCGGAUGAGCGAGGGCAGGAAAAACGGUGAGUUUGGCCCCACCACCACCAGGCUCUUCCCCAAUGCUUGGCCGUGGGUAAUAGCUAUAGUUCAUGAAAGGUCAAAACCUAUUUCUUCGCCGGUGAUCAUCCAAUUUGGACACGCAGAGACUCUUCAGCCACUUCUCUCACUCAUGGGCUAUUUUAAAGACAAAGUGCCUCUUAACGCCAGCAACUAUCGCCAUCAGUCGAAACGCAAGUUCCGUACCGGCCGUAUCGUCCCUUAUGCCGCCAACCUGUUAUUUGUGCUUUAUCAUUGUGAGCAGGCUAAGUCUCCUAAAGACGAGUAUAAGGUUCAGAUUCUUCUCAACGAGAAACUCCUGCCUUUUACGUACUCGGGGAAAAAAGUUUCUUUGUACAGCAAACUGAAAAACCAUUACCAAUUUUCCCUUCAGAAUUGUGAGUUUGCCAAAGUGUGCAGUAUCGAUGAAAAAUGUCCUCGCAUUAAUUCGUGAUAAAGGAACAUCAAAAAGAUCACCAAUGUUUCGGCGUCUGCAUAUUUUUUGGCAAAUAGCAAUAUUUUUGUUUGGGGUUGUUAAGACUUGGUGCACUGCCGAUGCUGCGGUGUUUAAAAAAAGUCCUUAAAUGUACAUUUGCAAUUUUUAAUAGCGGCAUCAAACUUGGAGCCUUGAAAGAAAGGCAUUACCGGAUAUUUCCAAAGCUUGAAACAAACAGAUGAAGUUGCUCUGUUCAUGAAAAAUAACUCACUCUCUCUCUCUCUCUCCCGUUCCUAAAUCAGGAACGAUUGAAAAGUAAUGAUGUGCUCUCCCACAUUCAGCGUACUCCAUUGUGCUGGCUGCGAUCUACUGUGAAUAGUUCCAGAGUUAAUGAAAAUGAAAAAUGGUUGCUGGAAUGCUACCUUCUAAAAAAAGCGGGGGGGGGGGUGGAUUUCAACAAAUAUUUCUUACUUUCACUUCCAAGGGACUUUCACGUAUUCCUGUUAAUCUCAGGGGAUUUUUGAGGCCUUGUGAAUUGCCUAUUGCCUAUUUAUUUCUCUGUAUUCCAUUUCAAAGGUUGAGCAUACAUUUGGGCAGUACAGUGGUAAUUUAUUUCUAAUGGUAAGACUUUAUCCAGUAAUAAUGUUCAUCUUCUAGAACCAGAAAAAGAAGGCUUGUGAACUUGCCAUUUGGACAAAGGCCCUUUCAGUAUUUAACUAUUCCAAUUGUCUUUCUUCUGUAUUCAUAUUGAAGGUGAAGAUUUAGAGGAUUUCAUUCCAGAUCCAAAAAGAUAAAGUCAUUAGUGUGCAUCCAAAACCUGAAAAAUGACCUGGAAUUGAAUCUGUUUUAGGUGUGAAAGAGAGGAAUGAGAAAUGUCUUACCAUUCUAACUCGGAAACAUCAUUUCAAACUUCCAAAUACAACAUCAGCCUUUUGAAAUAAAAUCUAUUUUGCUUGUGUA